AUGAGACCUCAGAGAAAAGACUCGACAACUCUCCACACAUGCCGUCCGUGCCUGCGCACCGUUCCAUACAGAAUCUACGCCGUAAUUCACACGUGUGCGAUCGGAGCUCUCAUGUACCACCAUGCACACUCACUUGUCACAGAAAACACAACUCUAAUAACAUCUCUUCUUCUCCUCUCCGAUGUUGUUCUAGCCUUCAUGUGGGCCACCACAACGUCCCUCCGGUUAUACCCGGUUCACCGGUUUGAGUACCCUGAGAGAUACGUAGCUGAACCGGAAGGAGGACAGUUUCCGAAGCUGGACGUGUUUAUAUGCACGGCUGAUCCGUACAAGGAGCCUCCCAUGAUGGUUGUCAACACCGCUUUAUCUGUGAUGGCUUAUGAUUAUCCGUCGGAUAAGAUCUCAGUGUACGUGUCGGACGAUGGAGGAUCGAUGUUGACUUUGUUCGCUCUGAUAGAGGCUGCCAAGUUCUGUAAGCAUUGGUUGCCUUUUUGCAAGAAGAAUAAUGUUCAAGAUCGGUCCCCUGAAGUUUUUUUUUCAGCAAAGUCAUCAAAUUCUUGGAUGGAUGAAGCUGAAAAUCUUAAGAUGAUGUAUGGAGAUAUGAAGAAAAGAGUUGAAGAUGUGGUGAAUAGUGGCAAAGUUAAUGAUCAUCAUGAGUCUAUCAAAUCUGGUCAAUUUUGUGGGGUCUUCGAUUUGUGGGCCGACAAAUUCACUCGUCAUGACCAUCCUACUAUGAUCAAGGUGCUACAAGACAACGAUACAAAGAUAAUGCCAAACCUAAUCUAUGUUUCAAGAGAGAAAAGAAGAUCUUCACCACAUCAUUUCAAAGGCGGUGCUCUUAAUACCUUGUUACGAGUAUCUUCGGUGAUGACAAACGCACCAAUCAUCCUCACACUAGACUGUGACAUGUACUCAAACAAUCCCUCAACACCGCUUCAUGCUUUAUGCUAUUUGUCAGACCCUAAGAUCAGUUCUUGUUUAGGAUUUGUGCAAUUUCCUCAGAAAUUUCAAGAAAUAAACAGAAACGAUAAUUAUGCAUCCGAGCACAAACGCGCCUUUGACAUUAAUAUGGUCGGGUAUGAUGGGCUUAUGGGUCCCAUUCACGUGGGCACUGGUUGUUUCUUCAAUCGACGAGUUUUUUAUGGGCCUCCUGAUAAUUUGAUCUUGCCUGAGAUAGACGAGCUUGGCUCCAAUCAUAUUGCCGAUAAGCCCAUUUUGACUCGAGAUGUUUUGGCAUUGGCACAUGAUGUAGCAGGAUGUAACUAUGAGCAGAAGACCAAUUGGGGAUCCAAGAUUGGGUUUAGGUAUGGAUCAUUAGUAGAAGACUAUUACACAGGAUUUAACCUCCACUGUGAAGGAUGGAGAUCGGUUUUUUGCAGCCCCAAAAGAGUUGCAUUUGUUGGAGAUUCUCCAAAAUGCCUAACUGAUGUAUUGGUGCAACAAAUGCGAUGGUCUGUUGGGCUUCUUGAAAUGCUCUUCUUAAAGUAUAGUCCGUUGACCUACGGGUUCAAAUCAUUGGGUCUGCUCAUGGGUUUAGGAUAUUGUCACUAUGUGCUUUGGCCCUUUCGCUCGAUUCCUCUGAUCGUCUAUGGACUUUUACCCCAACUUGCCAUGCUCUAUGGAGUUAGCGUCUUUCCCAAGACAUUAGAUCCAUGGUUUUGGCUUUACAUCUUCUUGUUCUUUGGUGCAUAUGCGCAAGAUUUAUCAGACUUUUUACUGGAAGGAGGAACGUAUCGGAAAUGGUGGAAUGAUCAAAGAAUGUGGAUGAUAAAAGGACUCUCUUCAUUCGUCUUUGGUUGUAUAGAGUUCACGCUCAAUAUCCUAAACCUCUCCACACCCGAGUUCAAUUUGACCAGUAAAGCCAACGAUGAUGACGAACAGAGGAAGAGGUACGAGGAAGAGAUCUUUGAUUUCAGUUCCUCUUCGUCCAUGUUCUUGCCCUUGACCACUGUGGCGAUCAUGAAUCUACUUGCCUUUGUCUGGGGGCUUUAUAGCCUUUUCUUAUGCGGAGGAGGACUCGGCAUUGAGCUGAUGCUUGCUGGCUUUGCGGUGGUGAAUUGCUUGCCGAUCUAUGAGGCUAUGGUGUUGAGGAAAGAUGAUGGAAAGUUACCAAAAAGGGUUUGCUUCUCAGCUGGAAUCCUCACGCUUGUUCUUAUUGUGUCAGGUUACUUCUUCCUCAAGUAA